AGGUCAAGGAAGAAGAUUCUGCUCCCGAAGUUCUACCUCCAGGCCCGAGAACGCGACUAUGGCUGAAAGCAAGUACGCCCGGGUCAAGCAGUGGCUGCACUCCUGCUGUGGCCCGGCGCUGGCCGUCGCAGCCUUGCUCACGACCCUCACGAUGGCUUGGUUCCGCAUGGCUCCAGACAGAUCGCGGCAGGCUCGGCAAGUCGCCGACCCGACGUCGCUGCUCUUCGCCUCCGAGGAAACGUGUUUUAACUUUCGCGUCUCUAUCCUCGAGGUGGCCGUCGUCCGGAGGCCAGGUCCUCUGGCUCACACUUCGGUCCUCCGCGAGGGCACCCUGGGGUUUCUCCGCGCCAGGCAUCGGACGGCUUCGACGCCCGGCGGUCUCCACUCGAACAGACUGCCCAGGGCGCUGCUGCCGGAGCACUACGACCUAGAGAUCAGGCCAUUUUUCGCUGAAGUCGACGGCGACCACAAGGAGGGCAAGGACGACGACGCCUUCACGGCCACCGUGGCCAUCCGCGUCCAGUGCGUUACUGACACAACGUCCGUAGUGCUACACGCCGGUAACUUCAGUUUCAUUCCGGGGCCAGCCGGAGAGAGUGCCACGGUGUGGCAGCUGACGCAUCCACCAACCGCCGUACCCGUGCUAAGUGUCGAGAGGGAGAACGAAUCCAACUUUCUCGUCUUCAAGCUGGGGAGUUUAUUAAAAGCUGGUCACAAAUAUGUGAUUCAAAUGCGCCUAAGAGGAUAUCUGGGUGACGCCAGGGGCUUCUACAAGUACCACUACGACCUGAAUGGGAAGCCCGAGCACCUGGUGGUGACGUUCUUCGAGCCGACGUUCGCUCGAGAGGCAUUCCCGUGUUUCGACGAGCCCGACAUGAAAGCAACGUUCAACGUGGUCGUGGUGAGACCCUCGGGCUACCGCUCCAUAUCCACCAUGCCACUGAUGCGCAGCGUGCGUAGGGAAGGAAACACAGUAGCCGACCACUUCAUGACAAGUGUAAAAAUGUCCACGUACACACUAGCCUUUAUGGUCAGUAACUACAGCGCUACGACAAAUGGCAUAGUCUCGAUAUGGACUCGACCGGACGAAACUACGCUUGCGAACUACUCCGCUCACAUAACGCCCAAGAUCGUAAACUAUUUCAACGAGCUUUUUGAUGUACCAUACGCCCUUCCUAAACUAGAUUUGAUCGCGCUGCCUUCCUUCCUGGUGGAUGCCAUGGAGAACUGGGGACUCCUCGCCUUCCACAGAAGCAGCCUGCUGCACGAUCCCCAAACCGAGAAACCAAUGCACAAGAUCAUCGUGGCCACCGUGGUAGCCCACGAACUCGCUCAUCAGUGGUUCGGCAAUCUGGUCACAAUGAGGUGGUGGAACGACGUGUGGCUCAACGAGGGAUUCGCUUCCUACAUGCAGUACCUCGGAGUGAACGCCGUUCACCCAGAGUGGCACGUGCUGGACCAGUUUCCAGUCACCGACAUGCAUCCGAUCAUGAAUCUUGAGUACUCUUCGCCGGACAGUCACCCGCUAUCCGUUGACGGCAACUUCUCGACUGAACUCGACUCUCUCUUUGAUCGCAUUGUGUACAACAAGGCAAGUUCCAUCAACAAGUUUAAAUACUGGUUCUCUUCACCGCAAAUAUUUGAACCAGCCUUAACGGCGUACUUCUGGUCUAUCUCCGUGGUUUUCCCACUCCAGGCGCACGCGUCGGAGAGUGAUCCCGUGAACGUGAAGCAAGUGAUGGACACGUGGACGAGGCAGUCAGGCUACCCCAUCGUGCACGCGGUUCGAAACUACCUGGACGGAACGGCCUCUCUGUCCCAGCGCCAUCACUGCAUCAAACCAGACCCGGAGAGGCUCUGGCACAUCCCCAUCACGUACACGGACAGCGUGGCUCGCGAUUUCAGCAAAACUCAUCCCGUCAUGUGGAUGAAAGCAAAAGAAGGAAUUUUGAACCACCUUCCGGACAAGACGCAGUGGAUUAUUUUGAAUCUCCAGUACGCCGGAUAUUACAGGGUCAACUACGAUCCAGUCAACUGGGAGCUCUUGCGGCAACAGCUGUUUGCCAAUUUAAGCGUGAUUCCCGUCCUUAAUCGAGCCCAACUGGUUCAAGACGCCUCCGAUCUGGCACUGACGGGCGACUUGAGCUACCACACAACCAUGGGCAUCCUGGAAUACAUUGGCCACGAAGAGAGCUACUCUCCUCUCAAGUCGUUCAUGAACAGCCUCGAGGAACUGGACGGGAAACUGCGUUCCACGGACUUCUACGGCAAGUGGCAGGUUUACAUGAGUCGACAACUGAGAUGGCACUACGACAGGUUAACGUGGACUGGAAAACCGGGCGAAGAUACACUGCAGAAGUUGCUUCGGAAGGACGUGGUCUUCUGGUCGUGCCAGUUCAACUACAGACCUUGCGUCAAUCACUGUGUCAAAACGUUUAGAGCCUUCAUGAACAACUCGAUAAGUCUCAAAACAUUUUUGUCUCAGGACCUAACCAUCACUAUGGUAGUGCUCUGUCAUGCAAUCCGAAUGGGAGACAAUACGGACUGGCGCUUUCUUCUGGACCACUUGGGCGACGCUGACACGGCCGAACAGGGACACGUGAUCAUCAGCGCCCUCGGAUGCUCCAAGGACGCCAAGAACUUGCAGAGCCUCUUGUCGUUCACGGUGCGGAACGUGUCGACAAUUAACAAGCACCUGAGUGACUCGGCGAGCUUCUUCUUCGAAAGCGCCACCUUCAGCCGCCAAGGAACCGAGUUGGCACUGGGCUUUCUCGUGGACAACUGGAAGUCUCUCCUUGCAAAGUACGGUCAAGGUCCAUCUUUGAGGGACACGGUCUGGUACACGCUGCAGUCCAUUCGUAGUUCCGACAGCCUGAACAGGAUGGAGCACUUCUACGCGGAAAAAGUGAAGACCAAGAAGAACGCCAGAAAGCUUGCGCCAACCUUCCAGAGCGCCCUGGAACUGGCGCGGACCAACAUGAAUUGGGUCGCCAAGAACGGCCGGACCAUCGAGAAGUGGAUCGACGGACGACUCGUGGACGGCGCCGCACCCGGCGCCUGAGUUACCUGACAACAACAACGUACAGCUUCGCAAUAUUUUUUUUUUUUUUUUUACAGUCUUAAGCACGGAAACGCCGUCCGCUCGGGCGAUCAGCGCCGAAUCACGGAGCGCUGCGGAGUUGUCGGGGAGAGUGAACGAGUGGCGCGCACGCCACCUUCUAGAUAAGAAAGCCUUAGCGCUCAAUUUUCCUUCGUUACUUCAGAAGCCUAUUUUACGGUGUACAGAGU